UAGACAGUAUCAGCAAUUGCAGCAUAUGCAGCAGUCACCACAGAUGAUGACGCAGUCGGAUAUUCCACUCCAACAGCAGCUCCAGCAAGAACAGCAGAGGAUGAUGAUAGCCGAGCAGCAUCAACAGCAACAAAUUGGCAGUCCCGCCCGAGGAGCACCGCCCGACAUGAUGGCAGCAGCUGCAGCGGCGGCGGCAGCUGCUGGAUACACAGGCUAUUCCACUGCAGAAAUAUCACCACCACUGCAAACCCAAUAUAACCAACAGCAGCUCCCACAAGCACCAACCUCGGCCCCUGUUAUCGUGCAAUACAGCGUCAGCAGCAUGCCUGGAGGCAACAACACUGACGACCCCAUAUUUGUCAAUGCCAAGCAAUACCACCGGAUUAUGAAGCGCAGGGAGGCGCGGGCACGGAUGGCUGCGGAGCAUAAAUUGAUUGCUAGGCGCAAACCGUAUUUGCACGAGUCCCGCCAUCGACAUGCGAUGAGGCGUCCGAGAGGACCUGGGGGCAGGUUUUUGACAUCGGCAGAGAUUGCUGAGCUGGAGAAGAACGGCGAGCUCCCCCCAUGCAACGGUGGUGGUACUGGACAUGGUCAGAAACCGUAUGAUCGUCCUGCUGCGAUGAACGACAAUGGCAGCGGUAAAGGAGGUGGUGGUGGUUCUCGAAGAAUAGGAAAUAAUAAGACUGGAAUUGCGGUUAGGAAUAUUAGCAGUGCGUCGGAUUCUAACCUGUCAUCGACAGAAGAGUAAAUACUGUGCUAUUUUAUUUUUGUUGUGGCUGCUUAUUAGAUUUUUCUUCAUUUUAUUCAUUUGUAUCUGUUUUUUCUUUCAUAUUUAUUAAAUUGUAAUUUUGUAUUUUA